CGGAUAUCAAGGUAAUAUCUAACAUUCGAGUCCUUUUGUACAUUCCCUUCUCGAUAUCAUUUGUAUUUUAUUUCAAUUCUCUAAUUCUGUCACAAUGGAUGUCUCCAACCUCUUCAACGUCAAGGACAAAGUUGUCCUAGUUACUGGCGGAGCCAAAGGUAUUGGACGCAUGAUAUCAGAAGGAUUUGUCACCAAUGGAGCGAAAGUCUACAUCUCAUCUCGAGAUGCCAAAGCCUGCGAGCAGGCUUGCAAAGAGCUCAAUGCCUUAGGCAAAGGCAGUGCACAUUCUAUCCCCGCCGACUUCUACAAAGUCGAAGACUGCAAACGAAUGGUCGAAGAACUCAAGAAACGGGAAACGAAACUCCACGUCCUGGUCAACAAUUCGGGGUCGAAUUGGGGAGCACCAUAUGACGAGUUCCCAGAUAGUGCUUGGACACGAGUCCUUACGCUGAAUCUGACCAGAGUCUUCACACUCACGCAAGCCCUUACGCCUCUCCUCGAAGCUGCCUGCACACCCGAAGACCCGUCGCGCAUUAUAAAUAUUGGCUCUGUGGAUGGAAUCAGGGUUCCUUCUCUUGAGACCUUCUCAUAUUCUGCCUCGAAGGCGGGGCUACAUCAAUUGUCGAGAGUACUGGCAAGUCAUUUGGGCAAGAGGAAUAUCACAAGCAAUGUGCUUGCCUGCGGACCAUUCGAGAGCAAGAUGAUGGCUGCUACAUUGAAGGACUUUGGGGAGGUCAUUAAAAGUGGAAUACCUCUCGGAAGGAUUGGAACACCUCAGGAUGUUGCGGGCGCAUGUUUGUUCUUGAGCGGAAGGGCAGGGAGCUAUGUCAAUGGUGCUGUUAUUGCUCUUGAUGGUGGAACUUUGGUUGGGAGCAAAUUGUAAGCUCGAGAUCCAAAGAUGAAUUUCCAUUCAUCGUCUGAAAUACUACGCCAUCACUCAUGAGACCCUGUUCACAAACCUCGAGUCCCAUUUUCCCUGAGACAUACCGCCAUGAUCUAACGCACAGCGGUACUACACAAAUCAAAAUUCAUCAACCCAAGACUAGCCUUCGCGUCGCUCGAUUGAUCCACAGAAGAAAGUCCACUCUCGCCCUUAAACAACCUGCUAAACUCCCACUGCGGAACCAAAUUACUUCCAGGAAGCACAGCAGCAACAACGACCUCAUUAUCCUCCAACCCAAACUCCACUGCUUUAUAGUGAAAAGCUGGUUCACGGUUGUAUUUCUUUUUGUAUUCGUUGGUCCAGUAUUCUGAGAGUUCGAGUUUGUAUUGAUGAGGAGAUUCGGGCAUGAGAGAGGUGGGGAAUUUGGGGUGGAUCUUGCGGACUUCUCGAC